UCGUUUGCAUACUCUCGUCCCAUAGUGCCCUAUUUUCUGGCCCUCACGCGAUACGGGAUGGAGGAACAAACAGGAAUACCUUCUGCAGAUGUCACGUCGCCCCUCACAGCCUCCUACACCUACCACUCACCAAAGCCCACUGCAGAGGGCCCGUACAUCCUUGGUGUAGACGAGGCCGGUCGUGGACCAGUCUUGGGCCCACUCGUAUACGGCGUUGCGUACUGCCCAGCGUCUUACAAAGAAGACUUGGACAAGCUGGGCUUUGCUGACUCAAAGACACUGAAUGCCUCGACGCGCUCGUCGCUGCUGGAUACGCUCUCCUCCGACCCUGCGAACAUUGGUUGGUCAGUCCGUGUACUCGCACCACAAGCCAUCUCCGCGGGCAUGCUCCGGCACCCGCCAAUCAACCUCAACCGCCAGUCCGAAGACGCAACAAUCCUCCUCAUCCGCGAGGUCCUUGAGAGUGGCGUCAAACUCUCGGAGGUGUACGUCGACGCGCUCGGCCCACCCCAGGCGUGGGAGAAAGCUCUCAGCACGAUGUUCCCUGGCAUCUCCUUCACCGUCACCGCCAAGGCGGACAGCAAGUUCAAGAUCGUCAGCGCGGCCAGUGUGGCAGCGAAGGUGACACGUGAUGCGUGGAUCGAGGGAUGGAUGUUUGAGGAAGCGUAUGUGUCAGAAGAAGAAGAGGAAGAGGAAGAGGAAGGGAGUGCAGAGAAGGUUAUGGAUGAGACGAAGUGGGGCGGACCUAUUGGAAGUGGAUACCCAGGAGACCCUAAAACUGUGGCGUGGAUCCAGUCAUCGCUCGAACCGACAUUCGGCUUCCCCUCGUUAGCGCGUUUCUCUUGGACUACGAUCAAGGUCGCCCUCGAAAAGCAUGCCCACCCUGUGGAAUGGUGCGUCUCACUUGCGACGACGCUUGGCCAUACUUUGAACCUUUCGUAG